AGGGAGCAGUUGUGUAGAUCAGACAGAGGGUCCAGUUUAAUUCUGUCUCUAAUCUCUGCAACAUCAUCUCUUGCUUUGCUACCCCGGCUACUGCUCUACCUCCCAUCACUUGCCCUGCCUCCCCAUCACUUGCACUGCCACACUAUCUCUUGCCCUGCUUUCCCAGCUCCUGCCCUGCCUCCCUUGUCCCCUGCCUUACCUCCAAAGCUACUGCCCUGCCUCCCCAGCUGUUGCCUCCCUGCGCCCUCUCCUGCACUGUGUACAAUGGCAGCAGCAUAUAGGAGAGUGCCGGGUACCUAGCUGCACAGCCGGCUCCUUGCUGGGAGAUACACAAGAUGAAGACUCUGCUGCGCCAUGGCCUGGCAGUGUUCUUUGCUCUCAGCACCAUGUGUACCAGCUUGGUGAUCAUGUACAGCAAUAUGUACAGUGUGAAGGUUCAGCAGACCCAGCAUGGAACAUCUAUAAGGAGCACCCCCAAGGAGUCUCCCCCCAGCCCUGUCCUAGAAGGGUACAUCAGCGUCGUAGACCACAAGCCCUUGAGAAUGCACUGUAAGAGCUGUGCGCUGGUGACCAGCUCCGGACAUCUACUGGGGAGCAAGCUCGGGGAGAAAAUUGACCAAACGGAGUGCGUGAUAAGGAUGAACGAUGCACCCACUCGGGGAUAUGGACAAGAUGUUGGCAACAAGACCAGCCUACGUGUUAUUGCACAUUCCAGCAUUCAACGAAUCCUGAGAAAUCGCAAUGAACUGUUGAACAUGAGCCAAGGAACCGUCUUCAUAUUUUGGGGACCCAGCAACUAUAUGAGGAGGGACGGAAAAGGUUUGGUAUAUAAUAACCUGCAACUGAUAAAUAAGAUACUACCUCGAUUAAAGGUACAUAUAAUUACGCGGCACAAGAUGCUUCAGUUUGAUGACCUUUUCAAGAAAGAGACUGGGAAAGACAGGAAGAUUUCGAACACAUGGCUCAGCACUGGGUGGUUUACAAUGAGCAUCGCCUUAGAACUCUGUGACAGGAUUAACGUGUACGGUAUGGUAGCACCAGAUUUCUGCAGGGCUCCAAACCAUACAUCUGUUCCUUAUCAUUACUAUGAGGCAAUGGGACCCGAUGAAUGCACCAUGUAUAUUUCGCAUGAGCGUGGACGUAAAGGAAGUCAUCACCGUUUUAUUACAGAGAAGAAAGUUUUUGCUAACUGGGCACGGACUUUUAAUAUUCACUUUUUCCAACCAGAUUGGAAACCAGAAUCACAAUCGUGGAAGUAUCCAGCUGUAAAACCAAUGUUCUAAAGAGUAGGAGUAAGCUAAUCAAUCACAGUAGGCCCCUCCCAGGAGGAACUGAAAAGGAAUUCAACAGAAAUCUGCUGCAUUAUUGGAGUUGUUCUGAUAUUUGGAAGAUUUGUGAAUCUGGACAAUCCUCCUUCAAUCCAAUAUACUUUUAAUGACUCCUGUGUGCACACAAAGAAAAUCCUUGGAGCUCAGACGUUGAUUGGUUUAGAGACUGUACCUUUCAUUUACUUAAUCCAGAUAAAAGUAAUUUUAUAUCCUAAUGCAUUUCUUAAGUAUUUGAAGACUUUCCCAAGUUGCACAGUUCUUAUAUUUCAGUAUAUUAUCAGUGUUUUAUUAGUUGUAUUUAUUGUUCUAAUACAAAGAUUUUUUUCCUAUAA